GUAUACACCUAUCUAUCUUCCACAAGCAUCAGCAGUCUCUCCAUCAGUCUCCGCGAUACCAGCGCUACUACGGCGCAAAGAAUGGCAUCUCUGCGCCCCGAAAACCCGGUCUCCGUUCCUGCCCACCUCUUCGUCUUUCUGUUGACCGCCUCGGCCUGGAUGCCACUGCCGGGACCCGUGCGCUGUGACAGCGGGGCUUUAAACCGGCGCGGCGGGGAGGACCGUACGUUUGACAUGGGCGGCGGAGAAGGAGGCUCCCCGCCGGGCUUACCGACGGACGGUGACCAGGACGCCGUAGGCGCGGAGAGCUCACCCCGCUUCAGGAGAGCACUGUCCCGGGAAAAACAAAUGUCCCUGCUCAGCAGUUCGUUCGUGCUCAAAGGGGAUGCGACGCACAACCAGGCGAUGGUUCACUGGACAGGAGAGAACAGCAGCGUCAUCCUGAUCCUGACCAAGUACUACCACGCUGACUCCACCAAGGUGCUGGAGAGCUCACUGUGGAGGUCUACUGACUAUGGCACCACCUACACCAAACUCAACCUGAUGCCGGGGACGACCAUCGUGGUGACCAGCUUCUACAUCUGCCCGACCAACAAGAAAAAGGUGGUGCUGGUGGGUUCGUCCAUAAAUGAGAGGGAUCAGAUGCUGUUUAUCAGCACCGACGAGGGUUCCUCCUUCCAGCGACAGUCCAUCUCCUUCACCCCGGACACGCUCGUCUUCCACCCCAAGGAAGAAGACAAGCUGCUGGCGUACUGCAAGGAGGGCAGGCUCUUUGCGUCCACGGACCUGGGCCGCAAGUGGACUUUGCUUCAGGAGCGGGUGACCAAGGACAGGGUCUUCUGGUCAGUAUCCGGUGUGGACGUGGACCCUGAUCUGGUGCACAUGGAAAUGCAAGAUACGAGUGGAGGUUACCUGUAUGUUACCUGUCUCAUCCAGAACUGCUCAGACAAAAUGGUGACGGCUCAGUUCCUCGGGAAAAUCGACCACAACUCCCUGCUGGUGCAAGACGACUACAUAUUUGUCAAGGUCACCACGGGGAAUCGCACCAAGCACUACGUGUCCUACCGGCGCAACGAGUUCGUCCAGAUGAGGUUUCCCAAGUACGCCUUGCCGAAGGAUGUUCAGAUAGUGAGCACGGACGAGAACCAGGUCUUCCUCGCCCUGCAGGAGUGGUACCAGUCAGACACAUAUAACCUGUACCAGUCUGACCCCCAGGGCGUCUACUACUCCAUUGUCCUGGAGAACGUUCGCAGCACCAAGCAGCCCGAGGAGAACGUCCUCAUCGACAUACUCGAGGUACGUGGGAUCAAAGGCGUCUUCCUGGCCAACCAGAAGAUCGAUGGCAAAGUGACGACGCUCAUCACCUAUAACAAAGGACGAGACUGGGAGCCCUUGGUCCCACCUGCCACUGACAUGAACGGCAAGCCGAUCAGCUGCAAAGCGCCGGACUGUCACCUCCACCUCCACCUGCGCUGGGCAGACAACCCCUACGUGUCGGGGACUGUCCACACGAAGGACUCUGCUCCGGGUCUCAUCAUGGGUGCUGGUAACCUUGGCUCCAAGCUAGUCGAGUAUAAGGAAGAGAUGUACAUCACUUCAGACUGUGGGAAGACGUGGAGACAGGUUUUUGAGGAGGAGCAUCACAUCCUGUACCUGGACCACGGCGGGGUCAUUGUUGCCAUCAAGGACACCUCUAUUCCUCUCAAGAUACUCAAGUUCAGUAUCGAUGAAGGACAGACGUGGACUGUUCACAACUUCACCAGCACCUCCGUGUUCGUCGAUGGACUCCUGAGCGAGCCAGGAGAUGAGACUCUGGUUAUGACUGUGUUUGGCCACAUCAGCUAUAGGUCAGACUGGGAGCUGGUCAAAGUGGACUUCAGGCAGUCUUUCCCCCGUCAGUGCACUGAGUCCGACUACGACUCCUGGCAGCUCACAGACCUGCAGGGAGAGAAGUGCAUUAUGGGCCAGGAGCGGACUUUCAGGAAAAGGAAGGACACAGCGUUCUGCAUCAAAGGGAAAAGCUACACGUCGGCUCUCACCAGCGCACCCUGUCAAUGCACAGAGCAGGACUUCAACUGUGACUAUGGUUUCGAACGCUCCCACGUGGAGGGCAAAAGGUGCUUCGCUGACUUCUGGCACGAUCCAGAUUCACCACCAGAAGACUGCCAUCUCGGACAAACCUACGAGUCCAGCACUGGGUACAGGAAGGUGACGUCCAACAUGUGUGAAGGGGGAUUGAACAAGCAGCAGAGUGCCAAACAGCACAACUGCCCUCUGCUGCCCCCUCGAGGACUGCAGGUCGGCAUCAAAGGGCAGAUGUUGGCCGUGGCGCCUGGUGAUGACAUCACAUUCAUCGUCCACCAGGAACAGGGCGACACCAGUAGCACCAAGUACCAGGUGGACCUCGGCGACGGGGUUCGGGCCAUCUACCAGAACCUGACGGUGACGGAUGAGCCGAUCCAGCAUCGCUACGAAAAUCCAGGCGUUUAUAAGGUCACGGUGAAGGCAGAGAACAUGGCGGGGCACGACGAGGCCACCAUGUACAUUCAGGUCACAGCCCCUCUACAGGAAGUGCACUUGGAAGUGGUUCCCAUUGCUGGGAGAAACCAUGAGGUCAAUCUGACAGCUGUGGUUCUCCCCACAGAGGCCAACCUAACCGUCUUCUAUUGGUGGAUCGGAGACAACCUGCAGCCUAAGCUGACUCUGCAGAACAGCCUCCUGACCCGUUUCCCAGAGACAGGAGAGGUUUCGGUCACCGUGCAGGCUUCCAACGGCCGAUCCAUGGUGCAGGAUACCAGGACAGUCCAAGUCUACGAUAACUUCCAGGUCGUCCCUCUGAGCUUCAGUGCCAACCUGGACCGAUUCAACCCAAACAUCCCAGAGUGGAGAGAAGACAUUGGCCAGGUGGUCACCAAAAUACUCGCUAAGAUCACAGGUGUCCCUCAGGAGUCCCUGGUUACGGUGGUGAAGCCAGGCCUCCCCACCACUGCCGACCUGUAUGUCCUCCCACUGGACAGCAAGCCAGCCAAGAGGAGCAUGUUUGUUGAUAAGCGUAUUCCAGCCAUCAUGCAGGCCUUCAAUGACAACAAUGUCAGCUUUGUGGUGCGAGGAGGUCUGCAAGUGCUGGUGAUGCUUGCUGACCCAAACGCAGGGCUAGGUCUAAUUGCUAAUGACUCAACAGCUACAACAGCAGAGACUGGCUACCAUGGAGCUGCAGGAAGUCCGGGUAUUUGGGCUCUAGCCGUCAUUUUCCUAAUCAGCAUCAUCGCUACCGGCUCCUUCAUCCUCUACAAGUUCAAAAGGAAGCUGCCGGGCAGCCGCAACGUCUACGCCCAGAUGCACAACGAGAAGGAGCAGGAAAUGACCAGCCCCGUCAACCACAGCGAGGACACCCAGCACAUCAUCCAGGGCGAGGAGUUCAUCGACGACGACCUGGACUCACAGACUCUAGGUCACAUGAAGCCUGAUGAGCAGAGGCAUUCCACUCAUGUGUUCAGCCUCCAGGACGCGGACUGUGAACUCUGAAUGUCUCGGCAACCAUUCGGGUGUGGUCCUGAGCAUCAACUCCAGAGAACUACACAGUUACCUGACCAGCUGAUGGCUGCCAUGGCAACGCUAACAAGCUAGCCUAGCCUAGCCGGCUAACGAGCACAGGGACUCCACUCUGCCUUCCUCCCUCUCUCUCCUCUCUUUUUCCUUCUUCUCUUCCUCAGACACUUCACCUCCACUCCAUGGCCUCCUCAACCCUUCAGCUCCAGCUUUUCUGUAUUUUCUUGUUUCUUUGGGGUGGGGUGAGGGUUAAGCAUGGCGGAGGGACGCCACCUUCACCUCCCUCCUUUUUUUCCCCCUACUCAAUCUCUUCCAGCUAGAGUAUGGGAGGCACCUAACGUAUUUUACAUCAUUGUGAGCGCCCCUCCCCUCUUCACCUCCCACACCAGCCCUGGAGAAUUGCACUGACACCUGGUGAGGAUGGAGGUCUUGAUGGUGUCACCCCAAGGACACUCACUCAUCUGUGUUUUGAAAAAGAGAAAAAAAAUGUGUGUGUACAUUGUCUGUCACUUGUAGACACAAAGCAAAAUGACUUACUGCACCGGCUUCCAGUGAUAUUCACAGUCAGAGGGGAUCGACGCAGCCAUUGGCCGCAGCCAGUGAAGGCAGUUAGUGGCCAAAGACUGGUGUGCUAAAAUGCUUUUCGAGCAUUAAAGGUAGAGUGCAUUAAGGUGGUGACGUCCAAUUAAAAAAAAUAGAUUUGUACCCUCCCCAACCCCCCUCUUGUUUUAUUCCCUUUAUUUCCCAGUGUUACCAAACACCCUUCACAGGCAAUAAUAUUCUCUCAACGGAAUGUUGGAUAUGAUAAACCCUUGUGAAUUUGCAUAUGACAAGUGUGUGCAUGCAAACACAAGGGGGCGGUGUUGCACUUCCUUUAAUCCCCACUCACAGCCACUCGGAGAGCUCAGCGUCUUUUGGAUUACCCUGUGCCAACACACAAAAAUCCCAACACGUUCACAUCCUCGUCUUCUUGUCUAGAAGCCACUUUUACAGGAGUUUGUUGCGUGGUGUUUUAAAUCAGCACCACCUUUGUAGGAGCUCAUCGUCUGUCCCAUGGUGCCUAAAACAGCAGACGUUAAUCUGCUCAGUGACAUUAGUUGUUGUCGAGUUUAUUUAUUUCUAAUAACAGUGCGCCCCCCCCCCCCCCCCCCCCCUUCCUCCUCCCUACCCUUUCUGGGUCAGAGGUCAAAGUGAACUCGUUCCCCUGGAGACAAAGGUCGCCGUCAUGGAGGGAAGGUGUAGUUGAUAUAUUUUACUGUAUCAGCCUAUAUUAGGCGAAGCCCGCGGUGGAAUCAUGUCUCCUUAAAGGUUUGGUUUGUCGUAUGUAAAUGUGUAAAUAUGAAUCUCCACUUUGUACAUAUUCCCUUUGACAUGUGUGUGAGUGUUUUACACUACUACCAAAAUACACAGCAUUUUUCUUUUUUUUUUGGAGUGGCCCUUCACUGAGUUUCCUGAAUUUGAAAAUUUCUCACUGUUUCCAGUUUCCUCAGCGCCAUUGCCUGCUUCACAUGUAUCCAUCUUCAGUACUUUCAGUGUAAUCUCAUGAGUAAGAUAAUUUUACAGUCUUCAUUGUUAACUGGAAAUAAUUUCAUUGUCUUAUAAAGAUACAAGUACACAGUGACGACUAUGUAUAUGGAUAUUUUUGAUACACAUGUCAGUUUUGGUCAUUUUUCUCAGUACGUGUAAACACUGGUUAUUGUUUCUGAUGCCUUUUGCUGAAGUCUUUUUGUUUGUUUGAUUGCACUAAUGAUGUAAGCAGUGCUGUCGACUCGUACCGGACAGCAGCUGAACAGGUCUGCAGACUCUGAAUCAAAAGGUCUUUGGAUGAAAGGCCUUUACAGACUACCAAUGCUACCAUUAGCACCAAGAUCACCCCUUGGUUCGUCUUGUAUUUGAUACAAACAACAGACCACAUUCGCUCGUUCUGAUUUACACCUUAAUUCAUCUUUUGUACAUAUUCUGCUCAUGUUCAACUUAGUUUUCUAGUGAUGUGUCAUCACUGUAUCAGUGUCCUCUUCAACAAAGGGGGAAGUGGGAAAUGUGAUACUCCAAUAUAAGAGUGAAGGUAUUUCACAGCCGAUGGCACCGAUCAUGUAAUUUUGACCACACUGUUUUUCUUUUCCUCUUUCUGCUGGUUUGUUUGGUCUAUUGAUUUUGCUAUUAAAAACAAUUGUGUGUCCUCAUCAGGGAGCGUAGUGCACUCAA